AUGGUUUUUUGUAAUCUAUUCAAUGCUGGAUCAUAUAAAAAACAAUUACAUGAACUUGUUUUUAAAUGUUUAUUUGAUGAACAAUUUGAAGUUCGUUCAGUUGCAUCCAUUACAUUAUCAGGAUUUUAUCAAUGUGGAUAUAUUCAAUAUUUUAUUAAAAAAGAUGGAAAGAAAAUUAUAAUAACUGAAAAAAUUAUUAAGCGACAUGGCGGUGUUCUUGGUCUUUGUACAAUUGUUCUUUCAAGUCCAUACGAUAUCUCAAAUUAUGUACCGGCUGCAUUAAUGCUUCUAUGUGAACAUUUACAUGAUCCAGAUCUUAUUCAAUUAAAAAAAACUUUAUCAGAAUUUCGUCGUACUCAUCAUGAUUCAUGGCAUCAACAUCGAGAAAAAUUUACGGAUGAUCAACUUGUCAUCUUCGAUGAUGUAUUAAUAUCGCCAAAUUACUAUGUAUAA